AUGGGAAGAAGUAAGGUACAGCUAAAACGGAUCGAGAACAAGAUCAAUCGACAGGUUACUUUCUCAAAAAGAAGAACUGGUUUGCUCAAGAAAGCUAAUGAGAUCUCAGUUCUUUGUGAUGCUGAAGUUGCUUUGAUUGUUUUUUCUCAUAAUGGAAAACUCUUUGAGUAUUCAACUGAUUCAUGCAUGGAGCAGAUACUAGAACGCCAUGAAAGAUAUGGCUAUGCAGAGAAACUACUUGUAGCAAAUGAUGCUACUGAGGAAAACUGGACAGUUGAAUACACUAGGCUCAAGGCAAAAAUUGAUCUUUUGGAGAGAAACCACAGCAUGUUUUUCAGGCACUACAUGGGAGAAGGUCUAGCUACAAUGAGCCUGAAAGAGCUUCAAUGUCUAGAACAGCAGUUAGAUACUGGUCUCAAGAACAUCCGUACCCGAAGAACUCAAAUCAUGUAUGAGGCCAUUUCUGAACUUCAGAAAAAGGAGAGAGGGAUACAAGAGCAGAAUAACAUGCUCUCAAAAGAAAUAAAGGAGAAAGAAAAGGCGGUUGCGGAGGAGGCCGCGGCGGCCGCUGCUGCUGCUCAAUGGGAGCAGCCAAACUACAGAGUUGAUAAUACAUCUUUCUUUCAACAUCACCCUCUUGCUGGUUUAAACAUGAGUGGCAACUACCGUGAGGGAGAUCCAGAACUCAUGAGGAACGGACUUGACCUCACUCUUGAACCACUAUAUUACUAA